ACCCUCAAUGUGUCCCCCUGCAGCCCCCUCUCCCAUCACACUAGAUCCCUCUAGCCUGUCUGUGCUGGCUACCUGCAGAAGGUGCUGCCCCCCCUUCCUGUUAUCCUAUAGGAUUAUAAAUGGCUAUGGCAAGAGGUACAAAAACACUGCUGGGCUAGCGGAGGACAAGUUACACAGGGAAGAUUCUUUAUGACUGUGUCCAGGAUAUCUGAAAUUCUACAUGUACGCCUGCAGUAGUAUUGAGUGCACUGAGGAAGAGAGGAUGUUUAAUGACUGCUUAAACAUUGCAAAAACAUACACGCAUACCAAAAUAGAACGCCAUGUAGAGUGCAGGUAUGCUAUGAAGAUGGGAAUUCUGGUUUUCAUGAGGAACCUCUUGCUUGCCCUCUGCCUGUUCCUGGUGCUGGGCUUUCUCUAUUACUCUGCCUGGAAGCUGCAUCUUCUGCGUUGGGAAGAUUCCCAUUCAUUUCUACAUGCCUUUGACUCCGUUGGACACAAAUUAGGCCCAGGACGGAGAGAAAGAAAAUCGGGGAUCCUGGCCCUACCCUCAGCUGUCCCAUCGCAUAUUGCUGCUGAAAGAAUCCAGAAAGAACCUAAAGUGCCGGGUGUCGUACCAGCAUCAUCACUUCUAAAAUAUGAUCGACUUGGCUUCCUGCUUAAAUUGGACUCUAAACUACCUGCAGAACUUGCGACCAAGUACGCUAAUUUGUCUGAAGGUGUCUGUAAGCCUGGCUAUGCCUCUGCACUAAUGACCACCGUCUUUCCAAAGUUCUCCAAACCAGCUCCAAUGUUCCUAGACGACUCGUUCAGAAAAUGGGCAAAAAUCCGAGAAUAUGUUCCUCCCUUUGGAAUUAAAGGGCAAGAUAACCUCAUCAAAGCAAUCUUGUCGGCUACGAAAGAAUACCGUCUGACGCCUUCUCUUGACAGCUUAAACUGUCGGCGAUGUAUCAUUGUUGGGAAUGGAGGGGUCCUUGCCAACAAAUCUCUUGGAUCGAAAAUCGAUGAGUACGAAGUUGUGGUCAGGUUAAAUUCUGCGCCAGUAAAAGGUUUUGAGAAGGACGUAGGCAGUAAAACGACACUAAGAAUCACGUAUCCUGAAGGAGCCAUUCAGAAACUUGAACAAUAUGAAAAGGAUUCCCUUUUUGUCUUGGCGGGAUUCAAGUGGCAGGAUUUCAAAUGGCUGAAAUACAUUGUUUACAAGGAGAAAGUGAGUGCUUCAGAUGGAUUUUGGAAGUCGGUCGCCACUCGUGUUCCACGGGAACCACAUGAGAUCCGUAUCCUGAACCCAUAUUUCAUCCAGGAAGCAGCAUUCAGUUUUAUUGGCUUACCAUUCAAUAACGGAUUAAUGGGGAGAGGGAACAUCCCAACACUGGGUAGUGUUGCAAUAACUAUGGCACUACACAACUGUGAUGAGGUGGCAGUGGCUGGCUUUGGAUACGACAUGAAUCUGCCCAAUGCUCCUCUCCAUUACUACGAGACCAUCAAGAUGGCAGCCAUUAAAGAGUCUUGGACACACAAUAUCCAAAAGGAGAAGGACUUUCUAAGGAAGCUGGUGAAAGCGCGUGUUAUCAGCGAUCUCACUAGCGGCAUCUGAAGAAAGCUGUGUGACAAAAGGAUACAGGAAAGCAAUGAAUCUGAGCUGACCAUAGACACUCAACAUUACCAGAGCUGAUCUUCAGGCCCUGCAGAGGAGAGAGCGGAAAGGCUUCCACAACGUAGGGCGUCUGUGCCUCUGUGUGAAGAUUUGGUACUGCACGGAAGCAACUAUACGAAGAGGUUGCACUGUGACACCUGUCACUUGUUCAUAUCUUUCAGAACUGUUUUUGUAGUAGUUAUGACAUUACAACAAAAAAGAAGACUUCUAAAGACAAUUCCCUGUGCCAAACGUACCUCUUGUUAGGGAUGGGAGGUGCGGAUGGGGCACUACAUGCAUUAUGAAUGUAUAAAGUAUUAUUUUAGAUACAAGCAUGGGGCUAUUCUGCAAUGGAGACAGAGCUGUGGAUAGACAGAGAAUGAAACACUAAUACACACAUAUAAAAACACAGAAUAACAUAUCUCUGGUUUUUUAACGCAGAAUUAAUGUCUAUGUUACAUAGAGUUGUGAGGCUUGGAUGUUGUGUCAUUAAAAUCAAUCAUUUCACAUACAUGGAAACUAGAGUACAUAAAGUCCAAGGCAGUGGUUCCGUGCCCCAUGUAUUCUAGCCACAUGUCUAAUGACCGUCCAGGGUUGGGGCAUUGUUGGUGCUGCUAUUAUUUAGAUGGACAAAAUGUUGUCCUGUCUGUCUGUCUGUCUGUCUGUCUUUAAAGAGUGUUUUAAAAAUGUUCCUUUUGGAGAGCGUUAUUUAGUUACUUGUAUACUAAAAACCAUGGAUCAGUGUUAAGAAUGCACCGUUGAUCAGUGUUUUAAACUUUUUGCACCUAAAUUUGCACAGCAAGACAGACUUUAACCUUGGUUUUUAUUAUAUCCCCUGAGAUUAAAGGGACAAAAGGCACAAACUCUCUGUGCCCAGAUCCCCUGAGCCAAGGUGCCACAUUCAGAUAUCAGCAAUACAUUUCAUAUCAUGUAAACUGCCAGUGCUAGACUCACCCAUACUUGUACUUGCGUUUUGGUGAGAAAUUCCACUAAAAUGAAAAUGCAAAUUGAUAGGAUUUACUGUAUCAUUAAAAGGCCAUACUGUGCUGCCAAUGCGCUUGUUGUGUGUUUUAUUGGCCGUCCAACUGUGAAUAAUUCCAGAAGUCUUAUUGUUUAGUAACCCUUCACUUUAAGUUGUAAUUGUGAAAUGUAAAUAAUGACUACACCAAAUGUGCGUAUUUUACCUUGACAAUUAAUUCCUGAACCUUUCAAAGGAACUCCUGUGGCCAACUCUUCCGGUAGUGAAAGACGAAACAGCAAAUCAACACUGGCGUUGGGUUGAUCUUUAAUUCAUGAUGCCAAAUGUUGUUUGAUUACUGUGACUCAACCAGUGUUUGCCCUCAUAAUAAUGGUUUAUGUUGUAAAAGGAAGUUGAAUAUUUCACAUGUGAUAAUAAUCAGACCAGGGAAAUCACACAGUUAUAUAAUGUGAGCUCUAAGGUUUCAAAUGAAAUUAAUGUUGGCAUAUAUUCAAUGCUAAACACAACAGCCUGAUUUUAACCCCUUCACUACCUGGACUUUUUUGCUAUCACUCCAUUUGAACAGAAAUAUAGAAAUAGAGCCUUGUUUUUUUUUUUUUAUUUACCUGUCAAAUAUAUAUAUAUAUAUAUAUAUAUAUAUAUAUAUAUAUAUAUAUAUAUAUAAUUUAUUUUUUUAAGUAGACAUCCCAAGGUAUUGAUCUAGGCCCUUUUUGGUAUAUUUUAUGCCACCACUUUACCGGCAAAUGCGUUAAAAUAAACAAAAUCGUUAACGUUUUUACAAACUUUGGGUUUCUUACUGAAAUUAUUUACAUACCGCUUAUGCAAUCAUGGCACAAAUGGUUGUAAAAAGCUUCUCUGCGAUGCCCUUUGUUCAGAAAUACCAGAUAUAUUUGGCUUUGCCAUUUAUUCUUGGUAAUUAGAAUGCUGCUAAUUGCAGCUGCGCACCACACUUCUAUUAUUCCCCACAGUGAUGGUAGCUUGUAAGGUUAAUUUUAGCUUUAACUUUAGUGUAGAGAUUACCCUCCCACCUGACACUUCCCACCCCCUGUUCCCUACCUGAUCUCUCCCAAACAGCUCUCUUCCCUCCACCCUCCAAUGGUCACCCCCAUCUUAGCUACUGGCAGACAGUCUGGCAAUGUGACAGAUAUUGUUUUUUUUAUUAUAUAUAUAUUCUGCAGAGUAGGAUACCCCCUUACCCUCCAACCUCCCUCAUCCACCCAAACAGCUCUCUAACCUUUCCCCCUCUAACUAGUGCCCUGCAUCUUAGGUACUGGCAGCUGUACCUAUAAAACAAAAAUGCAAAAGUUCAUAGUAAAUACAUAUAUGAGUCUGCAAUUGGCUGAUGGGUGUCACAUGAUACAGUGGGCAGGUAAACUGAAGCAAUCUUUGGAAUUUCUCAGAAAAAAAAUCUGCUAAUUUAAGAUUCAGAGUAAAACUGUAUUAUAUUUUUAAAGGGCAUUUGAAGAUUAUGCAAAUCUACAACAUUUAAUGGUCUUUUAUCUUUAAAGACAUUAUACUCCAAAUUUCUCUAUCUAGUACCAAUUUUUACCUAGAAAGAAGUGAUACUGAACAAGUACUUACUCUAUAUUACUGACAGCCAAGGAGGGUUAAAAAUCACUUCUGUGUUAUUGGCAGUCAAAGGGGCGUGUUACUGGUAGCUACUGAUGGUAGCACAUCUGCUCUGUGUUUUUACUGUCAACAAUGGAGUGUGAAAACUCUGCCCUACUACUGGCAUUCAUGUAUAGUCAAAUCACUGCCAUCUGUGCAUUCCCAACUACCAAUAGGUAAAAUCAUUGCAUUGUGUCAGUUACUGCCAAGCAAAUGUGUUUUGGGGGAGGGGCAUUGUCUGACCCCGCCUACCUCAUGUGUCUGAUCACCAACAGCUCAUCCAGUAUUUUUGGGAAAGAAAACUGGCAACCCUACCCAUGAAUUAAUGAUAAUGAAAACAUUACAAUAUACAUUCAUUAUUUUCCUUUCUUUUGCUGUACAAUAGUUUGCUUUUCAUGUAGAAAGUAUCCCUGUUCCUUACUAUCUAAAGCGAAGAUUCUGUUUACGUAUGCUGUAAACCGCCUGAAUCAGCUUCAUCUGUAGCAAUGAUUGCUUAGAGUAAUGAGCAAACUCAUGUAUAGUUAGUUAACCUUUCUAGUGACUGCAUGGCUAGCACAAUUAUUUUACAGCAAAGCAAUCAAAAUAGCUAAUGACUGUAUAUUGCAAUGUUGUAUUUUUUAUUGCUUUGUUUAUGAGGAAGUCAUCUACAUUUAAUAAUGCCUACAGUUAUGGAUAAAACGGAAAUAUACACAGAUAAGAAUUCUCAGAAAAAUAAAUUCAAAUUUUGCUGCUAUUUGUUUGCUUUACAUGUCAAUAAAAAAUGCCAACGGAA